CUAUACUACUGGUGUCAGGGUUUGGUUGAGAACGUGUUUGACGUUCCCCUUUUCAUUUUGUGACGUAUACUUUUGUAUUAUUUUCUUUUUUCUUUUUUUUUAAUACUUUACUUGUCGGUUCAAAAUGACGGAAGACGACAAUAAAUCGGUCUCUACCUCCGAGGCUGUUACUCCCCCCACUGGCGAGCAGGCUACCGAUGCACAGGGCCAGCUCGCGGCAGCUGUGGAUGACCUUCUCGAUCAAUUACAGCAUAAAUUCGAUAAUGUGUCGCGGGAGAUGUUCGGGAAACUGGACGAUAUGGCAAGGCGGCUUGAUGAAUUGGAGGCUUCGCUGACAAUUGUUGAGGAUUCAAGUACGCCGACGGGACCAGGAAGUCCGACCAAGUAAUCUGAAUUGCUCUGAUGGAUAGUGCGACGGGGUUAGACUAGGGGAUUUGUUUUGAUUCUAUGAGGAGUUUGGUUGUUUGCGCAUUCAUUGCAUUCUUU